AUGCCGUCCUUCACCGUCUACACCGGAUCCGAGAACGGCCAUGUCAAGCCCAGCAUCACCACCAAGCCCGAUCAGCUCACCGGCGAUCAAGUCUUUCUACGAGUGACUGCGUCUGGAAUGUGCUUUACAGAUGUGCACUAUAAACACGGACCCAACGCCCUCGGCCACGAAGGCAUCGGCAUCGUCGAAGAGACCGGCCCGGAGACCACAUACCUCAAGAAGGGCGACCGCGUAGGCUGGGGCUACCAGACGGGCAGCUGCGGCCACUGCCUGGAAUGCCUGCAGGGCCAAGAAAUCUACUGCAAGGAGCGAAGCAUCUACGGCUCGGGCAACACCGACCAGGGCAGCUUUUCGUCCCACGCCGUGAUGCGCGAGGCCUUUCUGCAUCCCAUCCCCGACGACAUGAGCGACGAGCUGGCUGCCCCCUUGCAGUGCGCUGGCGCAACGGUGUUUACGCCCCUGCACGACGUCGACUCGAACGACACGGUGGGCAUCAUGGGUGUUGGUGGACUUGGUCACAUUGCGAUCCAGUUUGCGGCCAAGCUCGGCUGCCGCGUCGUCGUUCUCUCGGGGUCUGAUAGGAAGAAGGACGACGCCUUCAAGCUCGGCGCCCACAAGUUCGUCGCCAUGAACAGCAGCAACCCGGAGGAGCAGCUCGGUGGCUGGACCAUCUCUCGUCUCCUGGUGACGACGUCCGCGCAGCCCUCGUGGGACAAGGUGCUGCCUCUCUUGUCGACUCGCGCGCGCAUCUAUCCGCUGUCAGUGUCCGAGGACAACUUUGAGAUCCCGUACAUGCCCAUCAUCAUGAGCGGCUUCACGAUCCACGGGAGCCUUGUGGCGACGCGGGCUGUGCACCGCAAGAUGUUGGAGUUUGCGGCCUUUCACAAGAUUGCGCCUGUGAUUGAGAGGUUUGACAUGUCCGAGGAGGGCAUCAACCAGGCGUUUGAGAGGCUUGAGCAGGGCAAGGUGCAGUAUAGGGUUGUUUUGCUGCCUUUGAAGCAGUGA